CCUCCAGGUCACACUCAACGAUGUCACUGUCUGUGCGCCCGCAGCGCCGAGUCCUCAUCACCAAGAUCAAUAGGAGCCAGUCCUUCGCCGGAGUGAACUCGACAGCCGACCGGCCCUUCAGGAACCUCUCGCCCUUCACCCCUACUGUCUCCCGCAAGACUGGCUCCAGGGUCAGUAGGAUGUUCUCAAUGUCCCACAAAUCCCCACCACCCAAGGUGCCUCAGCCCAACCGCCUGGACGAGGUGUAUGAAGCUCUCAAAAAGGGCCUGACAGCCUACCUGGAGGUGCACCAGCUGGAACUGGAGAAGCUCAGCACCCAGAUCCGCGAGUCCAAGAGGAAUUCGCGCCUGGGCUUUCUCUACGAUCUGGAUAAGCAAGUGAAGUCAAUCGAGCGCUUCCUGCGUCGCCUGGAGUUUCAUGCUAGCAAGAUAGAUGAGCUCUACGAGGCUUAUUGCAUCCAGCGGCGGCUCCGCGAUGGAGCCCCCAACAUGGUCAAGGCUUACAGCACAGGCUCCCCGGGCAGGCGGGAGGACCACGAGAGCCUGGCCGAGGCCAGCAAGGGCUACAAGGAGUACACAGAGAACAUGUGUCUGUUGGAGAACGAGCUGGAGAGCCAGCUGGGCGAGUUCCACAUCCGGAUGAAAGGACUGGCAGGCUUUGCCCGGCUUUGUGCUGGUGACCAGUAUGAGAUCUUCAUGAAGUACGGACGGCAGCGGUGGAAGCUGCGGGGGCGCAUCGAGGUGAACAGCAAGCAGGUGUGGGACAGCGAGGAAAUGGUUUUCUUGCCCCUCGUCACUGAGUUCCUCUCCAUCAAGGUGACAGAGCUAAAGAGCCUGGCCAACCAUGUUGUGGUGGGCAAUGUGUCCUGCGAGACCAAGGACCUCUUUGCGGCUCUGCCCCAGGUAGUGGCUGUGGAUAUCAACGACUUAGGCACUCUCAAACUCAGCCUGGAGGUGACCUGGAACCCCUUCGACAAGGACGACCAGCCCUCGGCAGCCAGCACCGUCAACAAGGCCUCCACGGUGAACAAGAGGUUCUCCACCUACAACCAGAGCCCGCCCGACACACCGUCCCUGCGGGAACAGGCAUUCUAUGUAAGUGUGGCGCCGG